CUUCGUCACCACAGCUCGACUGAUCUCUGAGCAUCAGGGACCGGCUCUGCCACUUCACGAGACUCUCUCUUUGCCGCCGCUGCUGCUGCUGCUCUCCAACGACACACAACAGAGACCCAAAAAAGUUUAAAGGUUUGAGGGAUUCAGCUCAGUUUUAAAGCUGCUUGUUCAGUGCUGAUCCGACGCUCCGCAGUGCCCUUAGCGGAGGGAGGAAUGCCCUGGACCCGACCCCAGGUGGACCUUCAUGCUCCUGGAGCGGAGGCAAUGGACCAGUACAACAUAGACGACCACCACUUCGAGGGCUCCCUGUUCCCCACCUCCACCCUCAUCCCCGUCACGGUCAUCUGCAUCCUCAUCUUCAUCAUCGGCGUGACGGGCAACACCAUGACCAUCCUCAUCAUCCAGCACUUCAAGGACAUGAAGACCACCACCAACCUGUACCUGUCUAGCAUGGCGGUGUCUGACCUCGUCAUCUUCCUCUGUCUGCCCUUUGACCUGUACCGCCUGUGGAAGUACGUGCCGUGGCUGUUUGGGGAGCCGGUGUGCCGCUUCUACCACUACAUCUUUGAGGGCUGCACGUCGGCCACCAUCCUCCACAUCACGGCCCUGAGCAUCGAGCGCUACCUGGCCAUCAGCUUCCCCCUCCGGAGCAAGGUGGUGGUGACCAGGCGCCGGGUCCAGUACAUCAUCCUGGCCCUGUGGGCCUUCGCCCUGGUGUCGGCGGCUCCCACGCUGUUCCUGGUCGGGGUGGAGUAUGAUAACGACACACACCCAGACUACAACACCAGGCAGUGCAAGCACACCAACUACGCCAUCAGCUCCGGGCAGCUGCACAUCAUGCUGUGGGUGUCCACCACCUACUUCUUCUGCCCCAUGCUCUGCCUGAUCUUCCUCUACGGCUCCAUCGGGUGCAAGUUGUGGAAAAGCAAAAAUGACCUGCGAGGCGCUUUGGCCCGUGAAAGAUCACACAGGCAAACAGUGAAGAUCCUGGUGGUGGUGGUUCUGGCCUUCAUCAUCUGCUGGCUGCCCUACCACAUCGGCAGGAACCUCUUCGCCCAGGUGGACGACUACGACACGGCCAUGCUGAGCCAGAACUUCAACAUGGCCUCCAUGGUGCUCUGCUACCUCAGCGCCUCCAUCAACCCCGUCGUCUACAACCUCAUGUCCCGAAAGUACAGGGCUGCCGCCAAACGCCUCUUCCUGCUGCACCAGCGCUCCAGACAGGCCCGCCGCGACCAGAGGCAGCUGUGCGUGAUCGACCACACCUCCACCCUGAAUGAAAGCCUGACUGGGGUGUGAGGGGCCUCGGCGCACUCUUGGGCAAUGUUCUCGUGUUGUUUUUCACCCGGGGGGAGAGUUUGCAGGUUUCUUCCAGGUCCAGGAUUGCAGUUAAAGAGGAAGAUCGAUGGAGAUGUGUAUUAUUUUUUUUCUUUCAGGGAGAAAGCUGGGCUGAAAGCUUUGCCUCACAAUGCAAAUUCCGAUUUACUAUUCGGAGGCGUUUUGUUAAAAGAAAUUGGAUGAUUCCUUUCCAAACGUGAGAAAAAUAAGAAUUCAUUUACGUCGUCCGAUUUUAGUGUUACACCUCGUACAAAUAAAGUUGACAUUGUGCGCCGCUGUAUGUCUGAUUGAUGUCUGCUCUCAUCAAGCAUGUGCACUGUUUCAGUUCACAAUUACCAUCAAUCCACAGCAGCCAUUACAAAGUGAUGUCUCUUUAUUAACCACGGAUUUUACAUGACAGGUUAUUUGUAAUGUUGUAAGAUUGGAUUUGUUUAACGUAUAGUGUGCAGUUGUCUUAAUGCGGUUUGUGUGUUACUUCUAUAAAUCAAGAAAAAAAAAAAAGUUAACCUAUUUGCUUUGGUCCAUUAGUUGUGCAGCUGUGACAUUGGGUGUGUUUGUUUGUGCGUCUGUGUGUUUUUUUAGAGGGUU